GAACCCACGCCCGACCCAAGCAGGAGAGAGAGAAGUUGGAAGGGGCCUCGGAGGUCAUCCAGUCCAACCCCCCCCCUGCGCGGGCCGAGCCAAGCUCGGCCGGCCUCUGCCCGGCCUGACUUUCCCUCUCGCGCGGCACUUUCGCUUUCGGUUCCCCAGGCGCCGCCCGAAGUGCGCGAGGCUUUUCCUGGCGAAGUUGCGCGCAUCCCAGGCGCGAAGGCCGCUCUGCCCGCCAGAGGGCGCGCCUUCUCCCUCCCAGGGCGGGGCGGGUCCUUCGGAAGGGAUCCCGAGAGACCCGCUGGGUUCGUCGGGGUUUCGUUUCGCUUCGGCAGCCGGAGGAGCUGAAGGGGAUCCCGGGAGCGGCUGGAUGGCCUCGGCGGAGGAAGAAGCAGCAGCCUGCGGCCAGGGCUCCACGGGGGACCACGGAGCGGAAGCGAAGGAAGAAGGGGACGAUGCCGACCUCCGGCUAAUCCUGGUCGGGAGGACCGGAAGCGGGAAAAGCGCCACGGGCAACACCAUCCUCGGCCGGAAGGCGUUUGAGUUCGCCCUGGCAGCAAACACCACCACCCAAAAGUGCCGAAGGGUGCAGGGAACCUGGAACAACAAGAAGAUCUCCGUGAUCGACACGCCGGCCUUCUUCGAUUCCGAAAAGAUGGAUCCCUCCCUGGAGGAGGAGAAGGAAAAAUGCCUCCGGAUGUGCCAGUCGGGCCUCCAUGCCUUCGUUUUGGUGACCCAGGUGGGGCGCUUCACCAAGGAAGACACGGCCGCCGCAAAGCGGGUCCGGAAGAUCUUUGGGGAAGAGUCCGUCCGUCACAUGGUCGUCCUCUUCACCUGCAAGGAAGACCUGGGUGGGGACUCCCUGCAGGAGUACGUCAACACAUCCGACAACCCGAAACUGUGUAAGCUGAUGAAGAAGUGCGGCAAUCGCUUUUGUGGGUUUAACAACAAGGCGGUGGGAGCCGAGUGGGAGGAGCAGGUCACGGCGCUGAUGGAGAAGGUCCGGGAGAUGGUCGAGGAGAACGGAGGGUGGCCCUAUUGUAUCCCACCAGGUCCAGCGAAAAGAAAAUUUUCUUUUAAGAAGCCUUCUUUUUUAAAGAAAAAACAAAAGUAAACGUUGAGCUAUGUUGUUUUU